AUGGCGUCCGACGAAGUGGUCUGGAAUAUCAUAAAUGGCAAUGGAGGAGCUAGUUUUUGCUCAUUCCGCCUAAAGAUGCCGCAUACAAAGGACCACAAAUCGGCUUUCUGUCGUAACGAGAUGAAUCAUUCUGGACUGUGCAACCGCCAAUCGUGUCCUCUCGCCAACUCUCGCUAUGCUACGAUUCGAGAAGAGCAAGGAAAGUUAUAUCUUUACCUUCGGACGGUUGAAAGAAUGCAUAUGCCCAGCAAAAUGUGGGAGAAGCGCCUGUUGUCCCGUUCGUACAACGAGGCGCUCUCGCAGAUUGACAAUCAAUUGAUCUACUGGCCCAAGUACAUGGUUCACCGGUGCAAGCAGCGCUUGACCCGCUUAACUCAAGUUCAAAUCCGCAUGCGCCGCAUUGCCGCUGAAGAGGAAAGACUGGGCGAGAAGCUUGUGCCCAAGAUGGCACCCAAGAUCAAGCAUCGUGAGCAGGCCCGUGAACGCAAGGCCGAGGCCGCUGCAAAGCUCGAGCGAACCAUUGAGCGAGAGCUUGUUGAGCGUCUACGACAGGGAGCCUACGGUGAUCAGCCCCUCAACGUUAGCGAGCACAUCUGGAAGAAGGUUCUUAACGCUAUGGAGCGUGAGGGUCAGGGCGAGCGUGAUGCGGAUAUGGACAAGGGUCUUGACGAGAAUGGCGAAGAAGCUGAGUGGAGCGAGGAGGACGACAACCUUGAGAACCAGGUCGAGUACGUUUCCGACAUUGGCGAGAGCGACGAUGAACUUGGCGACCUCGAGGAGUGGCUCGGCAGCGAUGAGGAAGACGAGGAGAACGAGGAUGAGGACGACAGUGAAGAAUCUGAGAGCGAGAAGUCUGGCAACAAGCGAAAGCGUGGACGGGCUAUCAAGAUGAAGAACAAGAAGCCCAGACAGCAGGAGAAGGAGAAGUUGAUGUUGACCAACGACCUGUCGUGGUAA